UACAGCUUUUUGAAAAUAUAUUUUCACUUCUAAGUUUCCAUGCUGAGGUGUGAAGCAGCUCCCUGUCAGCAGCUGUUCACCUGGUCUGGUUCUGAUUCUGUUCAAAAGUCUCCAGAAGUAAAUGUUUCCAUGUCACGACUGAUGAACACUGAACCUGAUUAUUAAUAAUAACACGUACAUGUAGAAAUGAUAAAGCUGUGGAGGUUCUGGUCCAGACGAGCUGAUGUGAUCAGUAUACGUUUAUAAUCAGAUAUGAUUCUGAUCCAGUUCUUUAGUUCUGGUCUUUGACGGUUGACACAUGUAGAAUCACUUCUGGUCUGAACAAACAUCUGGAUCCUGGAUAUAAACUGGACUCUGAGAUGAUGACCUCAUGAUACCUGGAGCUGUCAGGUGUUCGGAUCUUUGUCUCGUGACCAACAUCCACAGAACCUCUCAUGCUGCCAACAUGGGUCCUGCUCAGCUGAACAGAACCUCUGACCUCACAAAGCACCAGACUUCAGUCCAUUUCUCCGUCUUUCUAUUCAAAUCCAAACUUUGGACUCUGAACCGCAUCAGCGCAGUUGGACAUGUUGUUCUGUUCAUCCCUCACAUGCUGGGUCCAAUAGGGAGGCUGGUUCUGAAUGUGGAACGAGGUUUGGAGACAUCGACUGAUUCAUGAAACAGUUCUAUGGAUGUUCUCACAUCUGUCAUGUUAACAGCAGAUCUCAGAUCAGUGGAGUUCUCUCCGACCCUCCAGGCACCACCGGGAAGGUCCAGUUCUGGUCCUGUGAGGGGAGUGGUCUGCUCCAUGUGUCCUGUUGUUCGCUCAUCAGAUUCAUGUUUGAUUCAGAUGUUUGUUUCCAUGGUAACGCUGCCACCACCUGAGACCCCUGUUCAAACAGUCCUUUCAGCGCCGCUCCGCCUCUAUAGAAGCGUGGCAUGUGCAAUAUCAUUGACCCGGCAAAGCCCGGGCCAAGCACAUUCUAUUGAGUCCACACACACACACACACACACACACACACACACACACACACACACACACACACACACACACACACAGCAGAAUCAGCAGACACAUCAGGAUGAAGGGAAAGCGUCGAGGCAGCAGAAUCUGUUAAAGCCCGGUCCUUUGUCCGCCCGGCGGGCCCUCGCCCCUCGCUCGCCCCUCGCUCGCCCCCCUGCCGUAUAUAUUGGGGGGUCCAACUUUUUCUCUGUUACACUGUGUGUGUGGUUGUGGGCCAGGUUGGACUUCAUCCAGUGGGAAAUGUCACAGUACUCUGGAAAGAUCACCUUCUACGAAGGGAAAUGCUUCACCGGCAGGAAGCUGGAGGUCCGAGGUGACUGUGAUAACUUCCAGGACCGCGGCUUCAUGAACAGGGUGAACUCCAUCCGUGUGGAGAGCGGCGCCUGGAUCUGCUUCGACCAUCCCGACUUCAAGGGCCAGCAGUACAUCCUGGAACAUGGAGAGUACCCAGAAUUCCAGAGGUGGAACUCCCACAACGACCACAUGGGAUCCUGCAAGCCCAUCCGCAUGCACGGCGAGCACUAUCGCAUCGAGCUGUUCGAGGCCUGUAACUUCUCCGGUCAGUGCGUGGAGAUCUGCGACGACUGUCCCUUCCUGCAGAGCCGCGGCUUCUCCAAGAACUGCAUCAACUCCGUCAAGGUCUUCGGAGACGGAGCCUGGGUGAUGUACGAGGAACCAAACUUCCGCGGCCGCAUGUACAUCGUGGAGCGUGGAGACUACUGCAGCCACAACGAGUGGCAGGCCCAGAACCCCAACAUCCAGUCCAUCCGCCGGGUCGUCAACUACUUCUAGACCCGACCCGCCUCCACUGACUUGUACCAGCGCUGUAAUCAUGUACAAUAAAUAAACCCAGACUGAGAGAAGACAACAGGUUUUUUAUCAAACACUGUGUGUGUGUUGUUUUGUGUGACG